AUGUCCUUAAAGAGGCUCAUUCAGCAGAACCGCAACGCCAACUGUGUGGGCUCAGUUUACACCCCGUACUUGGACCCCAUAGGUAACCCACCACUGGACAACAAAAGAAGCCAGGCAUUCACAAAUUCAAUAGACACGUUGUCUAGGGACUACAAGCAGGUAUGAUUAUGAUUAUGAUUAUGAUUAUGAUUAUUUCUUCUUACCCGGAUUUCACCAUGAGGGUGGGUUACAACAAUUUAAAAAGAGAGUUAAAAGCAGUUAAGUGUUCAAAAGAGUUUUAAAACCAGUUAAACCAAGUUACAGUCAAGAGAAUGGGGUGGGAAAUAUAUCUAUCAGAGGUAUCAAGGAUAAAGAGGGUUGCCUUCAGCACACCACAGAAUUUUUUGGGAUAUGUCUUUCUUAUGCUUCACAUUUCUGUUGCUGCUCUUGUUCAUUCAUUUCCAAGUUGGGCUAAUGGGAAAUAACAAUGCAGACGACUUGUUGGGUAGAUUCAGGGCUGGUCCACACAUGAGGCAAGGUGUGAUCUCUAUGACCCCCACCCCGUUCCUGAUGUAGACCUUCAUUCACCCAUUCUUCCCUGGUGGUGAGGAGAGCACCAUUUUGUGGUUUGCCUCAGGUGCCAAAAUGUCUUGGGCCAGCCCUGAACUGUCUAUUGCAGGCAUCCCCAAACUCGGCCCACCAGCUGUUUUGGGACUACAAUCCCCAUCAUCCCUGACCACUGGUCCUGUUAGCUAGGGAUGAUGGGAGUUGUAGUCCCAAAACAGCUGGAGGGCUGAGUUUGGGGGUGCCUGCUUUUACAGUUGCAAUCUUUUAACAGUCCUAGAUGCUGUGGCUAUAUUAUCCACCUGAAUCACAGAAAUUUAGCAGGUGAGGCUUUCCCACCAUUUAUCUCUAUGCCACAGAAAUCUACACCUGUUCAAUUUCCAUGUCUUAGGCUACUGUUUUAGGGCUGGUCUGCCGGGGGAGGCAGCUGCCUCAGAGGCUCAGCCAGCUGAUUUGGAGCUUUGCGACCGGGGAAAAAAGGGUUAUCUUUUUAAUUCUAUUCUGUGGGAGAGGUGCUUGUAAGAUUUUCUUCCUCGGAUGCCAAAACAACUUGAGUACUAAUAUUAGGAAAGGAGGGUGACUUGGUAAGGAGGCUGCCAUGUGGUGUUCCUUCUCAGGCCCUGGGCACAGAAGCAUGAACUGGGAUUGGCACAGGCAAUCCCAGUUGAUUCUAAGGGAUUGUGGCCAGGCAUGGUCUGAAGUGCUUGCUUGUGCUGUGGUUAAAUCUUGAAAGAAACCACAGGCAUGGGCUUUGGGCCCAAGAUCAAUUCACCGUUCAAGCCACCUCUGCCAAUAAGUUCCUUGGCUGCUUGCUAAAUUGACUAAGAUGUGCCAUACCUGGGACUGCUCUCAGUUGACAAAUGUGCUGAGAUGGAUUAUAUUUUUAAUCAAGAGAGGCUCUUGCUUUCCACUUUUGGGAGCUGAAAUUUGUUCCCACAAGUGUAAAUCGUUUAACUUCAGGCAGUGGUGAUGACUGGGUUGCUGGUGCCUCUGAGUCAGGGCUGGCCCUAGGUAUUUUGGCACAGUACCCAAAGCCAGUCAAGUUAUUUUGGCACCUGAGGAAGAAAAUCCCAUAAGCUCCUUUCCCCCUUCCCUGGAAGUAAACGGGUUGUUGUUGUUGUAUCAAAUGGUGCCUUUGCCCUAGCGAUGCACUUUCACUAGCACAAGAUGAGACACCCCAUUUUCCCUUGAUCCCUUCUGCCAAUAGCACCCUCUAUGGCAUACCCCAUUCUGUUUCAGAGGGUCCACUAUUCUUCAGAAGCAGAUACUGCAAAAAAGGAAGAGCUGUACUGGGUAGGAGGACUCUUUGAAAAUCCAGUGCCCUGCCUUGAGCAAGCACAGCCACUUCUGUUAGUGAAGAGUCACAACUGAAAGGCAACCCAUGACUUACAAUUUAUUCACUUUUAUGACAUCCAAAAUCAGUUGUCUGGGGCAGCAGCUUCACUCUGCCUAAUGGUAGGGCCAGCACUCUUUGGAGAGAUGCCUUUAUCAACAGCUAGUAGCCAUGAUAUGUGCUUGAACCAGAGUCAGGAUGCCACCCAACACCACCCUGCUGGUGAGCAACCAGGAGAGAAGGAAUUUUUCCUUUUUGCCCCACUUGAGGGAUUCCUGGAAAUAGCUGGUUGACCACUGUGGGGUUUAGAAUGCAGAUGGGCCUUUGAUCCAGGAGGGCCAUUUUUAAAAUUUCUGUGUUCCUAAGCUGGGGGAAAUCAAGAGGGUGUAACCGUCUUCAUCAUGCCCUGAAUUUGAACUUUCAGAGUCACCUGCUUGGCCCUGUUCAAAGGACCCUGGACCAGGUGGACCUUAUAUGAUCGUAAUUCUCACUGGCAGUUUUGCAUAUGUAAAGCUUUCAUCUAGCAUUUUGCUUUCUAGACACAAAUGAAUUUCUAAUGCAAUGCCCUCCCUUCUCUCUUCUCCUUCCAGCUUGCUUUAAGUAGGACAAUCUCUUCAGGUGACUCUCUUGGCCCUCAAAGGUAAUAAAGGCAUUGCUUUCUCUCUCUAAAUAUUAGUUCAUUACACUGCUACUAGAAAUGUGACAAUUGUGUGUGGAGGCCCAAGACAGAUACUGAAAGAGGAAGAUGAAAGUGUGAAAAAACAAAUAACUACAAUGAAAUCCGUGGGCUGGAGAGUUGUGGAAAGACUGAGCAAUGCAUACCCACAGCCCAUCCCUAAACCCAGUAGCUAAUGCAACCACCAUUACAUAUUGCAGUGUGGCAGAGUAUCAUUAGAGAGUUAACCACCUUUGCAUUUCUUCUUGAAAUGAAAGGUGGUAUAUACUUUCUUUUGACGACGAUGAUAUUGAGAAUGAUUUGAAAUCAUUUCUCCAGUACAUGGCUGGUCAUUUCCCCUGUGCUACCAAUUGGGUAGACGGAAGGCCAGAGUGCAGAGGAACUGGGGCAUCACUUUAUAUGUGAUGCGUUCCUUUCACUCAGUGGCCCAGACCACACAAUCAAAAUGGGAGGCCAAAUAUAGGAACAGAAAGGAUUCAUGCAUAUAGUAUUGUGAAGGGUGAAGCAAUUAGGCGGUCAUUUCACUAUAUGCCCAGCACAGAACUCAAAAGUGGGUUGAAAUGAUGCCAUGCUGGAAAACGUGGUGGUAAGCUGGGAGCGAGGAUGAAUGGAUGAGUCUGUUUCUCAUUCAUGUCACUCUCAGAUGUGUUUAUGCAGAAGUGCAUUCAUUCCCAUUUUUGCUACUUAAAAAAAAAUAUCUGCAUGAAAAUUUGUAUUUUUGAAUGUAUUUCCCACCUUUUAAAAUGUAUUUUAUCCUAACAUUUUUAUAUGCAUUUCAGUACUUCAUCUUUUUUGAAGCUGAAAAUUGCAUCACAGAAUUCAGGGAAGUGUGAAAUCUGAAGCAUAACUGUGUACAGUUCUGCUUGUUAAGUCUGGGAUGUGCAGAUCUGGUCAGAGGGUGAAUUCUUCAAGUAUCCUUGGCUGCAGGAGAUGAGAGGCAAUGGCACAAUUGCUUCCUUGUAUGCUCAGCUUUGCAUACAUCCAGUCGAUCCACAUUCUCCCAGUGACAGUUUGGUGAUCUGUACAAUAAUGUACGUCCUGUAAACAAUCCUGUCCACAUGAUCUUUGGAGAUGUGGGGAGAUUUUAGAUUUUUCAUUGCACAGCACUUGUUAAGAACUACUGAUGCUUAUGAUGAACAGCACAUUUAUUCUAAAUUAAGCCUUAAACACGUUAUUCCCUUCCAAUGGGUUAUUGACUUUGUGUGUAUCUGUGUAUCUCUCUCUCUCUGCAGAAAGUCACUUAAAAUCUUCAAAGAAGAUAAUGAAACAUUUGGAUUUGAAAUUCAGGUGAGCCUUUAACCCUAUGAAUGCAGGGAAAUUAAAAUGGGAGCUCUCAAACCAUUCUGGAGUGCUGCUGCCAUUAUCAGGUUAGCCCAAGCACACUCAUCCAUGUAAGCAGAUGUGUGUGUGUGUGUGUGUGUGUGUGUGUGUGUGUGUAUACACUAUGGAAUACUUGGCUCUCUCAAACCUGGAGCUGUUCCUGGCUUUUUUCCUCAGCCAAACCUUUCACACAAAAUUGUUGUGAGGAUAUAAUGGGGAGAACCAUGUAUCCUGCUUAGAGGAAGGAGGGGACAAAAAUGCAAACAAACAAAACAGAAGUGCUUCUUCACAACUGUUAGAAAGAAUGUUUCAUGGGGUGCUAAACUGCUCCUCAUGGUUGUUACCCCAUGUUGACUGGAAUAGGGAGGUCUUUAUUCCACGCUAAGCCAGCAUUUCAUAACUAUGAAAGACCCAGUGUUGCCUACUGGUUAGAGUGCUGAAUUAGAACCUGGAAGAGAAGGGUUGAAACAGUCAGAAAGCUACUCUAUUCAGUCUACUCUACCUCACUGGGUUGUUGUUGAGGAUAAAAUGGGGGCAGUGAAGAGCCAUGUGACCACCUUGACCCCCAUUGGAAGAAACUUGGGAUAUAACUGUUACAGCAACAACAGCUAUUUACCAUGCAUAAAGAGGUGGGUCGGGCUUUCUGCGAGAGCUCAGAAGAUCUCACAGCACUGAAUGCCUCAGAGACGAAUGAAAGAGGCCCCUGAGGCGUCUGAGCUCCUCUUCUUCCUUUCCCCUCACUUCCUUUUCCAGUGCUAUAUUGUGAGCAAUAUCUGUUGUGGGCAUUUGACCAUUGGAGAGGGGAGGUGGUGUUGCAGGGCCAGCCCUGCCAUUAGGCGCAUCAGGCAGCUGGUGUGGGGUGUCAUGAAAGGACAGCAAAUUGUUACUGUUCUAUUUUUAUUGCCAGGGAAGGGCAGAGAUGCUUGUGAGAUUUCCUGCUCGAGGUGCCAAAACCACUUGGUUGCCCGUGUCAGCAGCAUUUGCUGCUCUGCCUCAGGCAGCAAAAUGGCUUGAGCUAACCUUGGGAGGGGACACUGUUUAGUCAUUUGGACAGGACCUGAUUAGGGCCAAAACAGUUACCGUACUUUAGAUUUGCUUCACAUUCCCUUCAUUUUGUUAGUUGCAGCCAAUAGCUAUGCCCAGGCAGGAGACCUAAGAAACAUUGCUUUGCCUCUGACCAGAUCCUUGAUAUUGUAAUUUUAUGUUGUGAACCGCCCCGAGAUUUACAGGUAUAGGGUGGUACACAAAUUUAAUAAAUAAUGAUAAUAAUGAAAAAAUUGUCCCCCUGUUCUGCUGGGUGCUUGUUGAAUUAUUAUACACACCUACUGUCAGACUGUCUUACAGCUGUGUAACACACCAGGGCCUUGGACACAUAAUUUCUUUUGUGGUGCCAUAUGAGCAAUUUCUUCCUGAUCUUCUCUAAAUGUCUGGGAAGGAGAAGGACAGCCUUGUUGUUGGGUGGGAACACUGCUUGUUCCUGUUAGUUCUCCCCCCCCCCCCACUAUUUAUCUUUUAGAAAGAGGAAGCAUUUGUUUCAGUGUUGUGUGGGAGAGUGAAUGGGUGGGAGGAUGCAGUUUGAUGGGUACGUAAGCCAGUUUCGAUACUACUUCUGUGAACUGGUGCCGCAAGAUAAACCUUUUCCUGUUCCCAACGCAGUGUUUCUGUUCACAGACUCUUCGACUGCAGCGCCACAUCAGCCACUCCUUGGAAACUUGCACGUACAUCUGCAAAGUUAAAGAAGGAAGCCCCGCCUCUCUUGCCGGACUACAAAGUGGUAACUAGCCUUUUCCCCCACCCUAAAAUUCACCCUAACAAAGUUCACUGUAGGGAUGGGGGAAAUAUUCAGCCUGAGGACCACAUUUCCUCACAGGCAACUUUCCAGGGGUCACACACCAGUAGUCUCUCUCUCUCUCUCUCUCUCUCUCUCUCUCUCUCUCUCUCUGUGUGUGUGUGUGUGGACGUAGACACAGACACCACAGACACACCCACCCCUCUCGCCAUGCAGGUAAGCAAGAGGCACCAGAAUUUAAGGAUACAUUCUAGUCAGAUAAAAUCACUACAAGAUGGCACAGAGUGAAGUCAGUGAGCAGUUUGGCCUGGACCAUAGGAGCCAACCUCUAGGGGCAGAGGGCCACCCCCCCCCCCAGUUGGUGGGCACUGCCGUUCAAAUGGUGUGCAUGCACUGUAUCAUGUGAUCAUAUUAUGUGUGGCAGAGCUUACCUGUCCGUCCGUCCCCCCAUAUUUUAUUCAAGUUGGCACCUCUGGCCUGGACAGAGUCUUGAGGCCUGGACAUGGAUGUGUGGACAGCCACAGUCAGACCCUGGACCUGAGGUUUCCCACUCCUGGUUUACUGCUUCUCCCAUUUGCUUUUUUUUUUUUUUUUUAGGAUACAGAGGGAACAAUGAAUACACAGUCUCUAAUUAUAUCCGUUUUUGAAUUAUCACAGGUUAUAUUUUGACCAACAUCAACGGAAUGAGCACCGAAGGACUUGCUCAUAAGCAAAUGGUGGACUUGAUCAAGUCAUCAGGGAACUUUUUGAGGUAAUCAAAAGCCCUUCUGCCCCCAAGAAGACAAAAAGGGUUUUCUCAUGGUUUGUUAUUGCUGCAGAGAAAUGGCCAAGGCAGCAAUGGGCACAGGCCACAAGAAACGUUCCAGGAUUCAGAACAUUAGAGUAUGCAGGCAGGCAGGCAUUUGCCAUCAAAAGCCAUUGGUGCACUCAGGGCAGGACUUGGGGGCAAAGGUCCAGGGCCCCACUCAGCAGAAUGAGCAGGAGCCCAAAUGCAGCAACAGAGCUGGCUUACCAUAUAUUGAGCUUAACUGAAACAGGUGGUGUUUGUGUGUAUGUCUGUACAACCAUUAAGUCCAGAAUCUGAAACAGUAUUCAAUCUAUUUAAGAAACUUACGGACAACUCUUCGCAUUGCGAUCAUAGAGGACUUUGCAACAUUUUAAAUAAAGCAGCAUUACUUAAAACCAUAAAGCACAAUUAAAAUGACAACAGAUUUAAAUCAAAACAUUGGGGACAGUAGAACAAUCCAGAUACAUAAGAAAAUUCAAAACUGCUUAAGCAAGCCCUCCAAAGCCUGAGAGACCGUGCACUUUAUUAACAAGGCAACAGAAUUCCAACAAUAUUGUGGCCAGCCAUACCUCCAGGAAGGAGGAAUAUCGUAGUCUGGGUGCCACUACAGAGAAGGCCCUCUUUCAUGUCACUUGACAGCAAGGUGAUGGGACAGUAAGCUGCACCUGCCAGUCUCAGAGCCUGAGUUGCCCGAUAGUUGCAACACAGCCUAAAAUGUGGCUGACAUAUGACAAUCAAUUAAGGUCUGUUACCCUAUGGUUCCUUUGGGACAUAUCAAUGGGACAGAACUCAGAGGGGAUGUAGGCUCCUCAUCUUAAUAAAAGUACACCUGUUUUCUCCUAUGCCCCCUUCUCUUUCUCAACCACAACCCUGGAAUAUCUCUUUGCCCCCACUACUCAGGCACAAUUUAAUGGCAUUUAAUCAGAAAUGGAUUUCAAGUCCUUUCACAUUCUUAACCAGUAAUACACGUUCUCUUGGAUUAGGCAAGAAUCAGUGGUGACAUGAGCCCAAGUUUGCCUCCUUAUCCACCUGAGCUGCCAGAAGUUAUUAAGUUUGUUUUUAAUUUAAUUUUAUUUAUUUGUUGAAUUUAUAUACUACCCUAUACCCAGAGGUCUCGGGGGGUGGGGUGGUUCACAGAACAAAAUCAAAAUAUAAAACAUUGUUGUCCCAAUAGUAAUCUUGUCUGUCUCAAAAAUCAAGUAUGUAAAUGAUGUCUGCAAACGUUCAUAUUUGCCAGAGGCAAGUAACAGGAGAUGGCUAUCACCAUUCUCCUUGUGAACUUUAGCAUGGCUUAUAUUUGGUAAGGGAGAAACAGCCAAGACUAGAUGGAGCCACAGUCCAAUGCAGGAAACGCAUGCCUGACAUUUUAACUUGCAUUCAUAUUAGCAAUAUGAAAUUUUAUUAAUAGUUGUAAUAAAUAAUAAUAAUAAUAAUAGUAAUAAUAAUAAUAACAAUACUUACUGUUUGCAGGUUAGAUACUGUGAAUGAGUCCUUUAUAAUGAAGCGGAUGGAACUGGAAACUAAGCUGCGGUUCUUGAAGGUACUGAUUCUAUAUAGAGGAUAGAAAGCAUCCGUUUUAACUAUGCAGAAACCACCUGAAGAUACAUUUGUUUAUUUAGGGGCUUAUAUCUUUGAUUUUCUUCACAAGUGAACUCAGAGUAGUUCAGAUAACAAACCAUAAUACGAAACAUAAAAGCAAAUUCAAUAUAAAUAUUCCUAAAUCAAUAAGAGCAACAAAACAACAUCUGCUAUGCAAAGUAGCAACAUUAUAAUCACAGCAUCCAGGGAAACUACCUAGCCUUUUCUCUGUCCCAUCUGAAUCAGGAGAGCCAGCUGAAGGGCUAGGCAGGUGUUUGGAGGCAGUGAUGAAAUCCUUGAAAGAUGGAGGUGUCAUGUGUUCUAAGUUCUCAAGUCGAGAAAGUGAGAGGGGGCAGCCUACAUCGGGUUGUCCUUCAAGAUAACUCAGGAGCUUCAACUGGUCCAAAAGGCAGCAGCUGGAGUUACAUUUAGAACUCAUAUAACCCUUGUUCUAAAACAGCUGCAUUUGUUGCCAGCAGUUGGGUGAUGUUAAUUGCCCUCAGGCUAAUUUAAUGCAGGUGAGGGGAGCUCAGAGGAAGAACAGGAGGGGGAAAACAUGGGGUGAGUUGGGGAAAAUCUCAAAUGGAGGUGGAGGAAGCCCUUUGCUGGAGAUUUGUUCAGAUCUUUGAUUCUAUCCUUCCCCUGGCAACUGGGGUGGGGGUGGGGAGAAGAGGAGGAGGAAGAGAGAGAAAGAGAAAGAGAAUGAGGGAGGAGAAAGGGAAACAGAAAGGGGAAAAUAAUGGCCCCACCCAUUUUUACUGCAGCCCUGCCCACUGCUCCCAAUGAAUUACAACUCCUUCCCCAAAGAAUGUAGUCUCAACAGGUGGGGGCGGAGGAGGAAAGUUCCUUGGGGGGCGGGGAACCUAUCUAUCUCUGAUGGCUAUUACACUAAUGCUAGCAUAAUGAAGAGUAGAGCACCUGCCGUAGACACUUUUUUGGGGAUGAGGAAGACAGAAAAUGGGCCUCAGCGCAAUGCUGCAUGUCUUCAGUUAUAAAAAGAACGCAAAAUUAUUAAAUCUUCUAUUGCCAGUUUGGACUCAUUUUGCAAUGUGAUUAAUGAGCAGCCAGCUUUUCUUAGGACUUAGUGCAGGCAGCAGCUCAAGCAGAAUGGCAUCCGUUCAGCUUUCCUUGGGCUCUGUGCCUGAAGCUUAAGCCAGGAAAGUACAUUUCAGCCCCCAAAUAUUUAUAUUGGGAGAGGGGAGUCAGCAAGCAUCAUGUGAUUCCACCUAGCUCCUGAUGAUUGGAAAGCCACACUCUGCAUGAUGGAACAACACCCAGUAGAAACAGUAGCCUUGUUCGGAUUUUCAGUUGCACAGAUACUGAACCACCAAAGGAAAAAGCAGAAUUGUGUCCACUGGCCUUGUUCCUCCUCCUCCUCCUCCACACUUUCAGUGGAAGGUCUGAACUUAGUGGAAAGUUGCACACAUACAUGCUUAGGCUCCUCUGCAUUUAACUGGAGACCUGAUCACGUAGGUUUCCUCGUCCCUUGAAGCACCUAUGCAUUUAUAACUGAACAUUCCCAUCUCAGGAAAUUAAACCAUUAUCCUUAACAUAGAGGUCAUGAAUUGAAACUUAUUUCACCUUCCCUUCUACUCAUUGGGCGUGAAAUCCUGGCAGGGACAGGGUUAAAGGUUUCUUUAGCUGCACAAUGGGGCCUUCAUCUUGAUUAAGCCGUUAGCUGCUGCUGUGAAAUUCCCAUAAAUCAUCACCGCAACCAUGCUGCCAAUAUCCAGCAGAGAAUAUGAGGGAAAGGUCCUUGCACUCUGCUGCUGUUCCACUCUGGUACAAAAUCUUGAAACCGAAGGAGGAAACGUGGGAAGCCCACUGGCCCAGCCAAACUGCUUACAUAACCCCAAAGCCACCACCUGAGCUUGACCUCCAGAUGACACCAAAUCCUGGGAUGCUAGCAAGCCCCUUGAUUAAAGCAGCUAAGAAGGCAAGGGACUCCUGCCAUCCAGCCUAGAAAGAGCUAGCAAAAUUGUGCUUGAACCGCAGAGCCAAACUUUUUCAUUGCUCUGAUUAAUGAGAGAGCACAGUGGCUGAUUAUUAUGAAGCCUGGCAAACUAGGAAGAAUGCUGUCUUGUCACUUAUCCAAAACUUGGAUAAACUCCCUGAUGAUGAUCUUUCUCUCUCUUGGAAGGAAAGCUUUAGGAAAAGCACUGGGAUUUAAGGAAAGGGAUUGGAGUUUAAAGGAAGUGUAAUACAUUUGCAGUAAUCUAUGAUAUACAGUACAGAAUGUCACUGCUCAGCUGUUCUAGGGGAAAGUGAGAUGGGAUUAUGUGUCCCAAUAAGAACAUAAGGAGAUCCUUUUGGAUAAGACCAAAGACCCACCUAGUCCAAUUUCCUGGUCAUUUCUCUUAGAUUCUGAUGUUUCCCUUGGGCGUUUUUCAACUCCCCAGGUGUGUGACCAGUAAGCAAAUUUCAAAAUCUGAAUACCCAAAGCCCAUCAUGACCCCCCCCCAAUAACUUGGAUAUGCAUUAUUCCUUCCCUCCCCCCUCCAAAAAAACCCACCAUUCACUUUAAUUAUUGUCCAACUGACUCCAGUGCCCUUGGGGGGAGGGUUGAAAUACUGAUUUAAAAAACAACAACAGGAAAAAGGCAACAUGAGAAAGAGGGAUAAAACACUAAACUGCAUUUAAAAACAACUGCAAAUCCCUCAGACACAACUGGACCAAUUCAGAGAAAAUCGCUGGACACGUUUGUCACAAUCACAAUGGGGGCUUGAGUGUAUAACCGAGCUACCUUAUAAAGUGUUGUGCCCCAAAUUGCAGUGAUCUCUGCUUGCCUUUUACAGAAAACCCUGCAAGAAAAAUUGCUGGAGUUCCAGUCACUGUGCUUACGAGAACACCACCUUGCUAAUGGUAAGGCUGAAUUUCCUGUGAUAGAAAAUAAGAAUGCAUAACCACCCCAGUUUCCUCUGCAAAAAUGAUGUGAACACCAGUGAGUCAAUGAGUUUCCUGAGUUUCAGAUUUUGGUUUGCCUUUGUUCUCUCCUGCAGAUAAAAGGUUUGGGAGAAGCUGUAUAGUUGGGAGAAGCAUGCAUAAAUUGCCAUGAUAAGUCUUCAGUUCCCCCAAAGAAUUAUGGGAGCUGCGGUUUGUUAAGUGUGCUGAGAGUUGUUAGGCAGCCCCUGCUCCCUUCUCAGAGCUACAAUUCCCAGACUUCCCUGUGAAGAUAAAUUGAUUGUUGAACCACUUUGGGAACUGUAGCUCUGAGAGGGAAAUAGAGGUCUCAUGCCAACUCUCAGCACCUUUAUCAAGCUACAGCUCCCAGAAUUCUUCGUUGAAAGCUAUUACUGUUUAAAUUCAUAUGAUAAUACUUUAAAUAUAUGGUGUGAAUGUGGCCAUAUGACACUGACUGUACACCUCUGGCUGGUAUUAAAACAUUUGCCUGAAUUGUGCAUACAGUAGUCUUUAGCUUGAAGUUUCUGCUUUCAGGAAAUUGCAUUUUAAACACUGCAAACGAAGCUUUUCACCUUGCUGAUCCAGCCGAUUUGUUUUUAAUUGUAUUUGUUUUAUUGAUUUACCUUUACGUUUUAUUUCUUAUUGUUGCUAUUUUGUUUUUAAUCUGCAUUGUAGACUGCCUGGGAGGUAGAUAUUUAUGAAGGGCAGUUUAUAAAUGCCUUAAAUAUACAUACAUGAUUUUUGUAUCCACUUGCAUUGAUUUUUCAAGGCUGCUGUGAGUCACACUGGAGAAAGUAGAAUUCCCCAGAGCCCUAAUAAACAGCCUUUACUUAUUAUUUGGGAACGCGGGUGGCGCUGUGGGUAAAACCUCAGUGCCUAGGACUUGCCGAUCGCAUGGUCGGCGGUUCGAAUCCCCGUGGCGGGGUGAGCUCCCGUCUUUCGGUCCCAGCUCCUGCCCACCUAGCAGUUCGAAAGCACCCCUAAGUGCAAGUAGAUAAAUAGGUACCGCUUUAUAGCGGGAAGGUAAACGGCGUUUCCAUGUGCUGCGCUGGUGCUGGCUCGCCAGAGCAGCUUCGUCACGCUGGCCACGUGACCUGGAAGUGUCUCCGGACAGCGCUGGCCCCCGGCCUCUUAAGUGAGAUGGGCGCACAACCCUAGAGUUGGACACGACUGGCCCGUACGGGCAGGGGUACCUUUACCUUUUACUUAUUAUUUAUUUAAUUUCUAUACCGCCCUUCAUCCGAGGAUCACAGGGCAGAUUACAGUAUAAAAACCACACUAUUAUUUGUAGUGUAAUCGAAUUUUGGCCCCAAAAUAGGUCACAUGAAUUAGGUUCAUCUCUAAACCGAAGGUAAGGGAAACUUGGAAGGUAGAGAAGAGAUCUGGGACCUCCACAGAGACCUGGAAACAAUGAAGAGUUUAAGUGAUGUAGGUUAGGGAGAGAGAUGGUAACAGGUCCAGCACCAGCCACUGAGUUCCAUUGCUGGGUAGAGAUUUAAAUCCAAUUCUUGCCAGCCCCAGGUUUGAUGCUCUUAGUGCAGGGGCUGGUAACCUGUGGCCCUCCAGAUACUGUUUGACUAUAGCUCACCUGAUCUCUGACCAUUGGCCAUAUUGACUGGGGCUGAUAAGAGUUGGUGUCCCACACCAUUUGGAGGAACAUCAGUUUGCCAUCGCUGCUUUGACCAUUAUCUACACCAGCUCUCAGGCCGGCUAAGUAAAAAAUAGAAUUUAACAUUCGUAUAGCAUAGGGGUGAGGAACAUUCCCCUUCUGAGCAACCUUCCAGAGGUUGGCAGGGCCAGGGGCAAAUGUGGAGCCACUGUGGUGUGUUGGACUAGGACCUAGGAGGUCAGGGCUUGAAUCCUUACUCAGCUAUGGGUGACCUUGGGCCGGUCACAAUCUCUCAGCUUAACCUACCUCACAGGGUUGUUGUGAGGAGAAAAUAGGGAGAACCACAGAGCUCCUGAGAGGAAAAGGUGGUAUAUAAAUGUAAGAAAGGAGGAGAAGAAAGAGCAAUGGGGGUGAACACUUCUGUAGAGUUGGUUAGUUCCUCUGUGCAUGUUCUCACACCCCAAGCAAGCAAGAGGCAUUAUCAGAGUUCAAUGAAACAUUCUAGUCAGGCAAAAACACUUGGGGUGUGAAGAAGGGAAAAAUAGUAGAAUAGAAUAGAAUUUAUUAUUUAUACCCCGCCAAUCUGGCUGGGUUUCCCCAGCCACUCUGAGCAGCUUCCAACAAAGCAUUAAAAUACAGUAGUCUGUUAAACAUUAAAAGCUUCCCUAAAGAGGGCUGCCUUCAGAUGUCUUCUAAAAAUCUGGUAGUUGUUCUUCUCUUUGACAUCUGGUGGGAGGGUGAAUAGGGGUUAGAGUUCCAAGAGAGGCCAGAGAGACUUGGAGGGCCACAUUGGGCCCCUGGACCUGAGGUUCCCCAUUCCUAGCAUAGCGUGUUUGAGUACUCAAAGAAUUUACCAUGCAUUUUUUAGUUGUAAUCCUUGCAGCGACUCUGCAAGGUUAAGUUAUUAUUAUUAUUAUUCCCCUUUCUGCAGAUGACAGAGAGACUGGCCUAAAGCUCCCUGAUAAGUUCAUGGCAGAUACAAUUCAUAGCUCAGUCUCGCCUACCACACUACACUUCACCAGCUUUCACAUUCACACAAUGUGCACCAGUUAUAAUGCAGAAGUGAAACACCCACCCACCCCACCCACUGGGGCGCUUAUCGUGUCAUCUGAGAGCUAGCAAUGGGUGGAUCUGUCAAUUUCGGUUUCAUUCAAUUUUGCAUCCCCCCCCCCAACCUUAAUUUCAUAUCUCCACAUUUCUGCACCAGUUUGUAAUUUUUUAAAAAGAAAAAGUCCUAAUGGAAAUUCAUCAGCAUUUUAGUCCCGUCUCUCCUAAUCUGCAUAACUGUAUGCAAUAUUGCCUUACACAUUUUUGCAAAGCAAUUCCCCCUGUCCUCAAAUAAUAACAGUUCAAUUUUGUAUGCUAUUUUCAGUAAUAUAUGCAUCUAAUGCACACUUUACCACAGUGUAUGGAUUUUUGUACACCUUACUUGGCUGGAAAACUGCAUUGCAAAAUCCAGGAAAGUGUGAAUUUUGAAAGAUGGCUGUGUUUUGGUUCUCAUGUUGUUUCAGAGAGUGUGAAUUAGGAAGGAUCACCUUUAAAUGAAAACUGAAUGUAAUUUCUCCCACAUUCCAAAGUGAGAACUCCAGUGAUAUUUCAGCAAGAUCAGUACAUUUAGUACCGUGGAACCUCGGGUUAUGUACCAUCCUCCUUAUGAACGCUUUGGGUUACGAGUUCCACUAACCUGGAAGUAGGUGUUCCGGGUAGCGAACUUUGCCCCAGGAUGCGAGUGGAAGUCGCAUGCCGGUGGCGUGGCGGCAGGAGGCCCCAUUAGCAAAAGCGUGCCUCAGGUGAACGGUUUCGGGUUAAGAACGGACCUCCAGAACAAAUCAAGUUCAUAAAUGGAGGUACCACUCUAUAUUAUUCCAGCUUAUGCGUUUUGAGGUAAUUAAUGCAUGUUCUCUUCUGUCUCUUUCCCAGGGGAAAUGUGCUCGCCACUUGAAUUUGUGGGACUGGAAGAAUCUAACUUAUUUGGUGAUUACGCUGGAUCAGGGUCAGCUUUGGCAAACAAACCCCGAUUUCCCAGCGAAAGCAGCUGUUUAAGCCGCCUGAGCUCAAUGACCGUGGACAGUGAGGACAGCUUCUACCAAGCCUACGAUUCCGAGGAUCCUGCCAGUGGGACUUUUAGCCGGCAGUCGAGCACAGAAGACGACUGCUUCCUCUCGAGGGACAGUGAUGUUGCCUUUGUGAAGAGUUCACUGAGAAGGCACAGAAGCAUCAGUGUGACGAGCAGUGGGUCUGCGUCUCCCUCUUGGGAUGGAAGCAACGUCUCGAACAUAUUUGGGACUCUCCCGCGGAAAAGCCGGAAGGGAAGUGUUCGAAAAAGGCUGCUGAAAUUCAUCCCUGGCCUCUACCGAGCUGUAGAAGAGGAAGAAAGUCGUGUCUGA